GGCCCGGCAUGCACGCCCUCUGCUUCUGCCUCAGCACACUCAACGUGACGGAGGACAGUGCUCUCGUGGCCGACCUGUGCCUGAUCGCCUACUCCCGCGUGUUCCCCGUCCUCCUGAGUCUCGCCGUCGUCACCAACGUCCUGAACGCCGUCGUGCUCCUCAGCCCACACCCGGGCGGCCGCUUCCAGCCCACGCCCAUCCGCAAGUACCUCCUGUGGAUAACCCUGUCCCACUGUGUCAUCUGCGCCACUGUGCUGCUGGGCAUCUGGGUGAGGGACAGGGUCGGCCUCUCCUACUCGUGGGCCUUCUACUUCGCCCACUUCGAGCAGCCGCUCUACGACGUGUUCAACUGCAGCUACGCCUGGAUCAUCGUGGGGCUGUCCCGGGACCGCCACCAGGCCGUGUGCCGCCCGCACCAGUACACCGUCGCCGCCUCCCACGCGCGCGCUGCCUGGAGGAUCGCGUUGGCCUACGCGUUCUCGGCGUUGGUCUACGCGCCCCACUGCUUCGCCCAGGAGCCCGUGUUCAGGCGAGCACGCGGGCUGGCACGUAACCGGGGCCGAUCUGUUCAGCAGCAGGGCAUGGGCGGCGUGGGCGGUGCUGUCCCAGGUUCUCCACCGCCUCGUGCCCGCAGCCAUCCUGGUGGGACUCAACACCAAGAUCCUGGUGGCGGUGUCGCGCCUCGGGAACUCCAGCGUCAGGCCCGGGGGGCGCCCUGGCGGCUCCCCCAGCCGUAGGAGAGAGAGGCAGAUCACCCACCUCCUGCUGGCUCUGACGCUGAGCUUCCUGGUGACCAACGUCCCCGCGGCGGCCAUCAAGCUCGCCUACAUCGCCAUGGGGCAGCAUUGCCAGAUCCACGCGGGGAUGGAGAUCGCGCGCAGCA